UGACUUGAUAAUGAGUGACGCUUUCCUGUACAAAGUCCACUGACUUCACGAAAGACUGCUGUUAAAAAAAAAGAUUAAUUUUGAGCCAGUUUAAAAAAGCAAACUUGCUUUUUAUAUGAUUUAUAUUUUUACAUCCUGUAUGUAGAUGUUCAGCGCCACAUCAUUGGCUUCUGCAGAUGACAAUUAAACAGACAAAUCAUGCAGAGUUCAGUCGAGUCCUUCAUAACUGUGCUGGAGUCAUACAGAGGAAGAGACAAAGUGAUACGGACCCUCUGCUAUGGCUCUCAGCUGGUAGGGGGUGUCCUGUCAGGAAAGAGCCCUCAGUCUUCAUUGGGAAAGAGUCUCCUGCUGUUCUCAGCUCAGUUGAGUCACUGCAGAACCACACUCAGGCUCUUUGAUGACCUGUCUAUGCUGGCGUACUCCUCUGGCUAUGGAUUAGGAGGCUCGGAGGAAGAUGCUCGGGUGCGCUGGAUGUCUGUUCUGAGUAACGUAGCUGAUCAGUUGUAUUAUCCCUGUGAGCACAUCGCCUGGGCCGCAGAUGCAGAGCUCAUCAAAACUAAAUCUGACCGCUGGUGGGUGCUGAGCACAGGCCUCUGGGGUGCAUCGCUGGUCCUCGGCAUACUCAGAUCCAUUAGGUCUAUCCUGAUUCUGAAGCGAAAAGCACAGAAGUGUCACAGAUCAGGUUCAGCUGAGAGCAGGGAGGAAGUGUUUUCUCAGAAAGCUGCGCUGAAGAGGCAGAUCAGAGCUGAGCUGUUCAGCAUCCUGAGUAGUUCAGCUGAUCUCUGCAAUGCCGUUCACUGGAUGCCGCCGGGAUUUCUGUGGGCUGGACGCUUUCCUCCAUGGCUGGUGGGACUGAUGGGAACGGCCUCAUCACUGAUAGGCCUUUUACAGACGAGCUCUGCUGAUCAAGGAGCAUCUUAGUGAACUAUUACACUGCAAAGAAAUGCUUACUUUUGAUUUUGUCUUGUUUCUACGUCAAGUAUUUAAAUAUUCUUAUAUCAAGAAGCACUUUUUAGACAGUAUUUUUUGAAGUAGAGUCAAAAUUAAGUGGAGUUUUACUUAAAACAAGCAAAAUAAUCUGCUGGGGUCCGUUCUUCGUACCUCGCUUAAAUGAUCUAAGAUGAUUUGGCAGAUCCUGGAUCUUUUCAUCUCGAUAACUCAUCUCUCGCUAAUUUGGUUCUUCAAACAAGUUCGCGAAUCAGAUUAGAAUGUCUGGAUGAACUGAUCUGAGAUCGCUGCAUGUGUCGUGAAGGACUGAUCUAUCGAUCC